AGGGCCCUGGCCCAGACCCAGACCGCAUGUGAUUCAGAACAAGCGCUUGGCCGUUGCAAUUAAAUAAACCUGUUCCGACCGCCUCAUUACAACGCUCUUGCAUCUUCUUCCAGGAAACUACAACUUCUUUGCCGUGAUUCUUUGUUGACAGCAUAUUGGAUUACAGAACUUGUCAACCAGUACGCCACCCUUAGACUCUGUUGGUUUCUCCCCAGAGAAACCUAAACUUCGUCGCCCAAGAUGUUGGAAUACCUGAGCUACAAGAAGUUCAAAAAGUAUAAGACGGAGAAGGAGGCAAAGGAGGCGGCAGCAGCAGAAGGCGAGGUGCAACACAACAACAGUUCGCCAGCACCAUUACCAUCACCAGGCAAGCUUCACCCAGACUCGCGACCAUCAGCCACAAGGCGCCAAACGAGCUCGCAGUCCGUCUCGACAACAGCAAGCGCAGCUACCGGAGGCGGAGGCCCCGCGCCCCUCCUCAACCGCAAAGAUGAGGCCUUCUUCAGACGCAUCCUCGCCGAUGCCAACGACGUCGACUCGGAUGACGAGAGCGUCCGGCCCGCUCUGCCCCCGCGCAGCAAGACGCCAGAGUACAUCUGGGAGGACUCUGAUGGAUCCCGGCGCACCGCUGCCGCCACUGAGAAGCAGACGCCCAAGAAAGCCGCGACAGUAGCGGUAGACCCCAAAGACGCAAAUGCCCCGGGCAGCAGUUCCAAAAUCCCCAGCAAGAUCGCCUUCCUCUUCAACAAGGCCAAAGGCACCCUCGACGACAAGGACAAGCAGCUCGCCCCGACAAAGGCAAACGUCCCUCCAAAGGAAGCCGCCCGCGAAGAAGACGACCUCUCCCGCGUCCUCGACGACCUCAACCUGUCAGCGCGUAACAACAAAGCCGUGCCCUUAUCCGCAGAAUCCUCCGAGCUCGUCUCCAAAUUCACCCUCGUCCUAAAGGACCUCGUCAACGGCGUGCCCACCGCCGCGGACGACCUCAAGGCCCUCGUCGAGGACCGCGACGGCACCCUCGCAAAGACGUUUGACAAGCUCCCCAACAGCAUGAAGAAGCUUGUCACCCAGCUCCCGGACAAGUUCACCGCCAGCCUGGGACCCGAGGUCCUCGCCGCCGCCGCGAAAGCCCAGGGCGUCAACCACGCGGAGUUCGCCGCCGAGGAAGGGAUCAAGGGCGCCGCGAAGAAGAUGUUCACGCCCACCAGCCUCGCGGACCUUGUCACCAAGCCGGGCGCCGUCGUGGGCAUGCUCAAGGCCAUCGUCAACGCUCUCAAGCUGCGCUGGCCCGCCUUCAUCGGCGCCAACGUCAUCUGGAGCGUUUCCAUUUUUCUCCUCCUCUUCGUCCUGUGGUACUGCCACAAGCGCGGCCGCGAAGAACGCAUCAAGCGCGAAAACGCGCCCGAAAUCAUCGACGGCUCCGGCCGCAUCGAGGAACUCCCCGAUGACCCGGCCCUCAUGGCGGGUCCCUCCCGCUCGCGCACCGAGCCGGUGGUGCGGUCAUCAGAUCGCCCGCGCAGUCAGCGCAGCGAACGCAGCCGGCGGAGCGGGCGACACAGCUCCGGAAGGACGACGCCUCAGCGACGGGCGUCGCCGGGCCCCGAUUCCCCUAGACGGAGGUCGACCAGGAAAUAAAUAGGUGUCGCGUGCUCUGGAAGUUGACCGACCUUUUGUUUCCUUUUCUACAAUUCUCUUAUCUUAAUGACCCUUAUGGCUGGCGUAUCCUUUUACUUUGCGACGAAUGAUAGGAACGACGUAUGAAUGGAAUGGACAGGCAAAGGAUGAGAACGAACCACGUGAUGAAAGGGUGGAUAUACAUUCAUUCUCGUUCUAUAUUUUGAUCAUCCUCUAUACUCUGGAAAAUUAAAAACCCUGUAUGUAGAGAGAACAUUUUCCCUACCCAAUGUUUGUUACCCAGUGAUAGUUUUAAUGUACAGCUAUGAAUUGG